AUGGAUUUAAACCUUCCGUAUUUAAAAGUAUUAACUUGGAAUGUUGGUAAAACAAACAAUCCACAAUCAGAGCAAGGAGUGAUUCAAAUGCAAGCCAUAAUGAAUCAAUUCAAAGAAACAUAUGACAUUAUAUUCCUUCAAGAACUAGGUUCCAAGGCAGCGGUGGAGAGAACGGUGUCAUAUUUUGGUGAGGGUUGGGAAAAGUACUCUAGUAAUAUUAGGAAUUCCUAUCACAAUUUGACCUUAGUUAAAAAGAAGCCAGGUGCCGCAUUCGCAUACGACACUACUGAUAUUUCCAUUGCCUCCAAUUUUAGAGUUGAUCCUUUAUGUAUCAACGUUCAUGGAAGAAAGAACGACUCAACUACAAACUUGAGUACUUUGAGUUCUUUGCUCUUGAAAUUGCCUUUUUGGCAACCAGUAAUUAUUGCUGGAGAUUUUAACUGCACUUUUUCUCCAUAUACUAUUCCUAUCGAUACUGGUGUUAGUUUACUAUGUGGUUUCGGUGAAACCAGGCAACCAACAACAACAGGAGGAAACUCGAUUGAUGAGAUCCUUUAUACUAAUCACUUCAUUGCAACUCAAACCAUCGUUUUGAACCAUCUACCUCCUGACGGCAAUCACUAUCCGGUCUCAAAGCAUCUACAAUUGAAAUAUCAACCAUCGUCGAUGCAAAAUAUUGUUGGUGCGUUAUUUGGGAAACCAAGUAUUGUUCAACCUAGUCAACCAGUAAGACAUGUUGUUCCAUCUAACAACCCAACUGUUCCAACAAGCCAACCAAUUAUUAGACCUUCUCUACAUGAAGUUCCAACAAGCACACCAGUUACUGGACAAGUUGUUCAACCUGUAGUUCCGUCAGUGGUUGCAUCUAGCCAAUCAAGCACACAAUCUAGUCUACCAGUAAGGCCUGUGGUUUCAUCUAACAAACCAACUGUUCCAACAAGCCAACCAACUGUUAGACCUUCUUUACAUGUAGUUCCAACAAGCACACCAGUUACUGGACAAAUUGUUCAGCCUGUGGUUCCAUCAGUGGUUCCACCAAGCCAGCCAAUUACUAGACCUAUUCUUCCACCUGUGGUUCCAACUAGACAACCAAAUGUUGUUGUUCCGCCAGCUUCUCAACCAAUUGUUCAACCUAUCCAAUCAAACACACAACCAAACACCAACGAACAAUCAUCAGACAAAGAAGAAAAUGAUUUAGUUGAGAGUUUACAAAACAUUUCAAUUAGCACUAAACCAGAACAAAGUGGCAACGAAACAAAAGAAUGUCAAGGUGCGAAAAUGGAGGUGAAUAAGGAAUUAUUCAAAUGA